CGAUCGCGCGAGGAUGACCUUUAAAUUGCUUAUAUGCAGUAAAGUCGACGAGACGAGGCUUUUAUUCCAGAAGAAAUUUAAUGGAAGUAUCAUUAAGAUACAGUGUAACUAGCUUUUAUUUCAUUCGUAAGUUUAAGUCACAACGUUUUUGCUGACUCAAAAAGCUGCGCGCUGCAACGUGGACCCGCCAUUUUACCUUGAGGAAACUCUUAUCUCUAGGGGAUCUGGGUCCUAGCAACGUCUCGUGGAUGUCAGCAAUUCUUUGAUCAUCCAAGAUUUGCGAACUUUUUAUUAACCUGAGGCGAAUUAACUUUAGGGUCCUGAAGAGGAAAAUGAGCUCAAAAGACUUGUAUAAACCAGCAGACAGAAAUAUAGGAUUUGACAAGAAUGUGUGGGUUGAGUUUACUGCUCUAGCAAGAAACUAUAAAGCUGUCAACUUAGGACAGGGAUUCCCAGACAUGCCCCCUCCUCACUUUGUCAAAGAAGCCCUUGGGAGGGUGGCCACAAGUUCUGAUUUUGCCAUCAAUCAGUAUACUAGGAGUCAGGGUCAUCCAAGACUAGUUAAUGCCCUUGGAAAGCUUUACACUCAGUUAUUGAAGAGACAGAUUGAUCCUUUAUCUGAAUUUUUAGUCACAGGAGGAGCCUAUGAGUCGCUGUAUUGUUCAUUUCUGGGUUUAGUAGAUCCUGGUGAUGAGGUUAUCCUUAUUGAGCCAUAUUUUGACUGCUAUGUACCUCAAAUAUCAGUGGCUGGUGGAAUACCAAAGUUUGUUCCUCUGAGGGCUAAAGAAAAUGCUACCUCAACUAAGGACUGGAUUUUAGACAAAGAUGAGCUGGAGGCAGCAUUUAGUGAGAAAACCAGAGCUAUUGUCAUUAACACUCCACAUAAUCCUAUUGGCAAGGUGUUCAGUAAGGAGGAGUUGCAGGUAAUUGCUGAUUUUUGUAAGAAGUACAACGUCAUCUGUAUCAGUGAUGAAGUUUAUGAGUGGCUUGUCUAUGGUGGAGAACAGCACAUAAGGAUUGCCACACUCCCUGGCAUGUGGGAAAGGACAAUAACUAUUGGUAGUGCAGGGAAGACCUUUAGCGUCACUGGGUGGAAGCUUGGCUGGUCAAUUGGUCCUAAGGAAUUAAUUAAAAACUUGCAGACAACUCAAGCACAAAUCACUUAUACCUUGCCAACUCCCACACAGGAAGCCCUUGCCCAAGCCUUUGAACAUGAAAUUCCACUUAUUGACACAGAAAAGUCAUAUUUCACAGGACUCAGCACCAUGUUGGAGAGAAAACGUGAUGUGAUGGCUAAACUUCUGACUGAAGUUGGUUUUAAGCCAAUCAUUCCUCAAGGAGGUUACUUUAUGAUGGCUGACACAUCAGGAAUUGAUGUGAAUUUUGAUGAAUAUGAUAAAAGUGAUGACCCUCAUGACUACAAAUUUGUACGAUGGUUGACAAAAGAGAAGGGAAUUGCAGCUAUACCUCCAUCAGCAUUCUAUUCCCCUGAACAUAAAUACAUGGGAGCCAAAUACAUUCGAUUUUGCUUUAUAAAGGAGGACAGUACUUUAGAGAAUGGUGCAAAAAAGCUUAAAGAAUGGAAAGCUGAACUGGGGAAAUGAAAAUUAGAAGAAAGGUUUAAUAUAAAGUAGUUGUCAUUUCUUCUCUUGAAUCAUAAAAAAUUGACGAUUUAUUAUGUACAUGUACCCAGAAAAUUAUAGGAAGUCUUCAUAUUAUCAUACUUACAUGUUUCAAAUGGUACUAAUGUAGGGGUAGGGUUUUAUAAAGAACCUUUCAAAAAAUAUAUUUUUUAGGCAUAAAACUGAGGAGAUUCUUUUGCCAUGAGACUAAUAAACAAAUUAAAAUGUUGAAUAUGGGUGGUAGGAAUAGAUUGUCAAGUUCAUAGGUGCUGCUUCUUGUUAUUAAUUUAUUGAGGUAAGUCAGAGAAUUCUGAGAUAUCUCUGACAUUGUAGGUCAUAUGCAGUGGCCAAAAGGAGGUCAGUUGAAAAAUAAACUCAUACUUUUCUAAACAGUGAGUUUGAAUUUACUUAAAAUUCAUUAGUUGGGGAACUAUGAACCACACACAAGGCAGUGUUUGAACCCAAUGAACAGGAAUCCUCAUUUACUUGAAAAGAAAAACAAUAUUUUGCCAUAUAAAAAAUCUCUUGGUUAGAAUUAAUUUAAUUUCAAACAACUUGGUGUGAAUCUUAAUAAUAAUAAUACUUUAUUCAAUCAAAUCAAAACAAAAAAUAAUAAUUUGAAAGAAAGGGAGACACCAGAGGUUAGCCCUAUCGAGGGUGUUUCCAAAAUAAUCAUCUAGUUAAACAUCUAUUUGAAUAUAUAAAAUAUGGGAACAUUAAGUUGCGAUUUAACUAUAUACAAUACUUACUAUAAAAACUAUUUACAAUAUUAUUUAAAAAGGUAAUUCUUGACUUUGGUCUUAAAUGUUCAUAGAGAUUCUGCUUCAGCUACGUCUUUAGGUAGUUUAUUCCACAGGUUUACGAUUCUGACAAAGAAUGAGUACUUGUAACAAUUUAAUCUAGCUGAUUUGACUUUCAAUUUGUAACAAUGAUGAGAGCAGAGAGGAUGAAAGGCACUAGCAUAAGUAAAAAAAGAAGGAUUUA